AUGCGCAUAUUCCAGCAUUGCCCGCUCAUGUCCACCUUCUCUCACCAUGAACAUAUCGUCGCAUUCUCCGAGUUCCUCGCAUACAAGACGCGCGUCCCAGUCCGCGGUGCGAUCAUGUUGAACGAAGACAUGGACGAAGUCGUAUUGGUCAAAGGUUGGAAGAAGGGUGCCAAUUGGAGUUUCCCUCGAGGAAAAAUCAAUAAGGAUGAAAAAGACCUCGACUGUGCAAUUCGUGAGGUUUACGAAGAGACAGGCUUUGAUGUUCGGGCCGCCAAUCUGAUCAAGAACGAUGAGGACGUCAAAGACAUCGAGGUCACCAUGAGAGAACAGCACAUGCAACUCUUUGUUUUCCGAGGUGUUCCCCGCGAUACCUACUUUGAACCGCGCACCCGAAAAGAGAUCAGCAAAAUUGAAUGGUACAAACUCGCAGACCUGCCUACAAUGCGGAAGAACAAGCAGCAUGAUGACGGGUACGCAGCUGCAAAUGCAAACAAGUUUUACAUGGUGGCUCCUUUCCUACAUCCUUUGAAGAAGUGGAUUGCCCAGCAAAAGAAGCUUGAUCUAAAGACACAGCCUAGCAAGCAGACCAAUGCCGCCGAGGGAUACGUCUCCGUUGACGAGACUGGCUACGCCAACGGCACUCCUGGCAUGUCUGCUGCAGAGAUGACCUUGCCAAGUGAUCUUCCAGAAGUGGCCUCAGCGCAACAUGCUUCAGAUCAUCUCAAGCGUCUUCUGAAGAUAGGUGAUAUGCCAUUACCAACGCAACAGCACGUUCCUGAGACUGCUCAGCAUUCUGCAGUUGAUGCAACAAAAUCUGAUGCGCUUCUUUCUCUGUUACUCCAAGGUAGAACUGAGCAGGCUGCCACUCAGAUUUCACGCGGCGAUAAUAUCCCGCCCCCCAACGGAGUCUUGCCAAAUCUUCCGCUUCCAAACAACGGCAUGGGGAACAACUUCUUCCCCGGCUUCCCCCACCAGCACCAACAGCAAGAUCCUCAAUUCCAGACCUACCCGGGGCUGCAAUACCCCGCAAAUGGGGCGCAGAUGCUUCCUGGGCCUGGAUUCCCCAGCGUACAACCGGAGGCUCGUGCUGCUCCAAUCAUGCCACAAUACUCUCAGCCUCCCCCUGUGUCACGAUACCCUGUACCCUCGGGGCAUAUGCCUGCACCCUUCCAACGCACUGGCGAUCCCGAAUUUUCAGAAUCUGCCUCAACGUCUCGAGGCUAUGGUCCUGCAGUCCCGCCAGCCAGCAAACUGCCUCCGCCCAAACUUACGACCCAUUCUUUGGCGCUUUUGAACGCAUUCAAAGUGAAGACUCCUAAAGCCGCAACUCCCGCAACCUUGGCAGCGCCUGUGCAGGGCUCCUCUUCGCACAUGCGUAAGACUUCACAGCAUCAGGAUGGUCUCCUAAACUUGCUCAAGGCACCUCAGGCCGUGGCCAGUUCACAGCCAGCAGAGCUAUUGGGGAACCCAGUUGCGCCAUCUCCGGCGCCUCCAAGCAAGCAUAUUCUCCAGCGCCCGCAAAACUACUCUCCCUCGCCGGCACAACACCCAAGCGCCCCAACUCACGGCCAUACGGCAAAUGGUCAGGUGUCAGCCACUGUGUCAGGGCCUUUGAACACCCCUCGGUUCGACACAACCACCAAGUCGAACGCGAAACCCCACGGAGGAUCAAAUCGCAAAGGCCCAGCAGGCAGGAAAGAAAAGGUCCAGGCGGCACCGACUUCUUCGCCAAUGACAAUCUUGGCAAGGCCUGAAUCUGCCAAACGGGAAGUUGCCCCUGGACACGCCCCGCCUGCGACAUCGGUUCCUCCUGCCCAGGUGCCGCAGACCCCCGAACCUGUUAAAAACUUCCAACCACAAAUUCUGCGUCGAUCUGAUAAGACUGGUCACGAAAUUUUGAUGGCCGCGGCUCCUCAGGUGACUGAGCGGAAGCCAAGCCUGCCAGGUUCUCAGGCCAGCCAGGGCUUGGCUCCGCAGGGCAACUUUGACAGGCGACCCAGUCAGACCGCUGAGCAGAAAGCUUCGCUUUUAUCUCUUUUUGCCAAGGGAGAUGGGCGUGCUUCUCCGUCGGCCAUCAGCCCCGGUCCGCGGGACUCGCGAGCUGGAUAUCACCAGCCAACAGGAGUUGUCAGCCCCAUGUCAUCUCGCCAUCAUCCCAGCAGUGGUGGCACUAUUUCUCGACAUGGGACGCCGUCUGAUGCAGGUGCGCCGACUCACACCAGUCAAGUUUCUUCCCCAAGCAACAAGGCGUUCUUGCUUGGGUUCUUGGAAGGUGUUGCCAAGGGAAACAAAUAG